GGCAGUAUACUGAAAGUGCUAAGCGUGUUUAUGUUUGUUAGAGAAGUACUGUAGUCUGUACUGACUGUGUACAGUGUGUACUUAAAAUAAGUUAUGGCAACUACUUCAAAUGAGAAUUCCGAUGCAAAAAAGAGGCGACUAGAAGUUGUUCAAGCAAAGGAUGUUGAAGAUGAAACAUGUGCAACAUAUGUAAUGCAUGGAGAAGACCACACAUUAGGAAAUUCUCUCAGAUACAUGAUCAUGAAAAAUCCAGAAGUUGAUUUUUGUGGAUACUGCAUUCCUCAUCCCACUGAAAAUAAGAUCAAUCUGAGGAUACAAACCAAAGGUGCAAGUACGUCUGAUGUGUUACGUAAAGGUCUACAUGAUUUGACGUCGUUGUGCGGACACGUGUUGUCAACUUAUGAGGCGAGUGUAGAAAACUUCAAGAGAAAUCAAGGAGAAGAGAUGGAGACAUCAUGACACAGAAGGCUCUGCUUUCUGCUACAGUAAUCUCUAAAAUAUCCUCUGUCCUUGUUCACAUGCAAUUUGCAUUAUAGAAGUGGAAAAGUACAACAAUCAUUUUUGAAAUGAUAACUUUAUUUAUAUUUAAAGUAUAUUUUUAGCCCAAAUGGGCUUAGGAAUAUAUUUUUUCUGUGUAAAAUUAUUUACAUUACAGAUACUAAAGUUUAUACCUGUACUAUCUGAUAGUUUGGGAGUAAAAGAUUAUAUAAUUUGGUCUCAGUAUGGUUUGGAUAAAUAUGUUAAUGCCAAAUUUAAGAAGUCAAAUUAUUUAGCCAAUCUGCCAACAUACUAUGUUAUUUUCAGGAAUAAUUAUAACUAAUAAAAAUACAUGAUUGAGGAAUUCACUUUUUCUGUUGAAUUAGCAUCUCUUAGUUAUGACAUCGAAAUUUGUCACUUCGUUUUGAAUAAUGCUAGAGGGUGCUACACAGGUGUAAAUAAGGUUUACCGGUUGAGCACCAGUGGUUGUGUAACAUCAUAUUCCAGUCAGAAUUAAUUUAUUGCUCAUAUUUUUUGAUUUAUUAAUAAAAGAAAAAUACAUAAACCCACUCUUUAUAAUGAUCUGCAUAAAUGUGUUGUCAACUUAUUCAUGCUGUGGUUUCAGAGUUUUUAGUGCACAAAGUGUUUACAUGGGAACAUUAUUGUAUGAUAGAUUGUCAGGACACAAAAUAUAAGUGGGAAAAAA